GUUAGUAGCUUUAGCUCAAACGGACAUGUGAAUUAACCAGUAGGCAAUUAUAGUCCCGGCGUAGACAAAUCUUAAUCAGUUUAAUUUAUAGUUACACAACAAUGUCUUCAGUUGAGUAUUUGAGAGGUUUUGUCAUCGAGCGGCUGACUGCUGCCGCUGAAGAAAUAUUCGGAGUUUUUCAUAAAACUGUCGUCCAGUACGAAGAAGAGCUCGACCGUCAGCGCAAACUGCUGGAUAACAUCUGGAAACCCGAAAUACAUUUAUACAGCGAGGAGCUCCAACAGCAGCAUGUCUGUAAGCAGGAGGAGGUUCUUGCUGACCAGCAGCUCUGCGUUCAGGAGAGGAGCUCCAGUCUGGACCAGGAGGAGCCAGAGCCUCCACAGAUUAAAGAGGAGCAGGAGGAGCUCAGCAGCAGUCAGGAGGGAGAGCAGCUCGUCCUGAAGCAGGAGACCGAUGCCUUCAUGUUGACUCCUACUUGUGAGGAAAGUGACCAGACUGUGAGCUUUAGUUUCAACGAAACUCAGAGUGUGAUGGAGGAAAACCCUCUGAACUUCAUUUCAGUAGAAGCACACAGUGACCAUCAGCUCCUCUUUUACAACUCUCAGAGCCAAGAUCAGGGAGGAGGUGAGCACGGAGACGCAGAGACAACGCUACAGCAUCAGCAUCACAAAAGCAACAGUCACACUGCAUCUAACCAAACUGUGUCAACAAUUCACUGUAAAAUGUCUUUAAAAUGUGACACAUGUGGAAGAGAUUUUAGGUGCAAGUCAGAUUUGCAGAGGCAUAUGUUGAAACACACAGGUGAGAGGCCACAUACAUGCAACACCUGUGGCAAAAGCUUCAGUCAGACAUCAGUUCUGAAGGUUCAUUUAAGAACCCACACAGGUGAGAAGCCGUAUUCUUGUAACACCUGUGGAAAAAGAUUCUGUCGGGCGUCAGAUUUGACAGCUCAUGUUAGAAUCCACUCGGGCGAGAAGCCGUAUUCGUGCAAAAUAUGCGAAAAACACUUCAGAUCAAGCAGUCAACUGACAGGCCACAUGAGGACACACACAGGUGAGAAGCCGUAUUCUUGCAACACCUGCGGGAAGAGAUUCCCUCAACCGUCAUUACUGAAAGCUCAUAUAAGAAUCCACACAGGUGAGAGGCCGUAUUUGUGCAAGACGUGCGGGAAAGAUUUCAGAGUCAGCAGCGCCUUGAAAUUCCACAUGAGAACUCACACGGGCGAGAAGCCGUAUUCGUGCAAAACAUGUGGGAGAGCUUUCAGAGUUAGCGCUCACUUGAUAGGCCACAUGAAAAUCCAUACAGACGAGAAGCCGUAUUCUUGCAACACCUGUGGGAAAGAUUUCAGGCGUAGCAAUGAACUGACAAUCCACAUCAGAAGACUGGAGGACGACGUCUGUAGCGCAGAUAUUUCUUUCAACCCUCGCCAAACAACAAUGUCUUCGGUUGAUUAUUUGAGAGGAUUCGUCGUCGAGCGACUGACUGCUGCUGCCGAAGAAAUAUUCGGCGCUUUUAAGAAAACUAUCGUCGAGUACGAAGAAGAAAUCGACCGUCAGCGCAGAUUGCUGGACAUCGUCUGGAAACCCGAAAUUAAGCUUCACAGCAUCGAGCUCCCACGGCAGCAUGUCUGUAAGCAGGAGGAGGUUCCUGCUGACCAGCAGCCCUGUGUUCAGGAGAGGAGCUCCAGUCUGAGCCAGGAGGAGCCAGAGCCUCCACGUAUAAAAGUGGAGCAGGAGGAGCCCAGCACCAGUCAGGAGGGAGAGCCGCUCGUCCUGAAGCAGGAGACCGAUGCCUUCAUGUUGACUCCUACUUGCGAGGAAUUUGACCACAGUGAAGAUCAGACGGUUAACUUUAGUUUCAAUGAAACUCAGAGUGUGAUGACGGAAAAGUCUCAAAACUACAUGCCAGCUAAAAGCUCUGUGGCGCCUGAGCCAAACAGCGAGAGGAGCUGGUACCUUUAUUACAACUCUCAGAACCAGGAUCAGGAAGGAGGUGAUGUCGGAGCCUCGGGAUCGACCACAAAUGCGCAGCCAAACUUUCAGAAUCAACAUUACAAAAGCAACACUUACAUUAUUAAUGUAACCGACCCGGCUUUGUCAACGAUUUACUACAACGCCCACACAGGUAAAAAGUCUUUCAAGUGUAACAUGUGUGAGAAAGUGUUUAGGUGUAAGUCAGAUUUAAAGAGACACCUGAAAAUUCACACAGGUGAGAAGCCGUAUUCUUGCAACACCUGUGGCAAGAGAUUCAAUCAGCCGUCAAUACUGAAGGCUCACAUUAGACUCCACACAGGUGAGAAGCCGUAUUUAUGCAACACCUGCGGGGAAAGAUUCUGUCGAUCGUCCGAUCUGAAAGCUCACGUAAGAGUCCACACAGGCGAGAAGCCGUAUUUGUGCAAAACGUGUGGGAAAGAUUUCAGAUCAAGUAGUCACCUGAAAAUCCACACGAGAACUCACACAGGUGAGAAGCCGUACACGUGCCAAACGUGCGGGCGAGCUUUCAGACUUAUCGGCCAUUUGAUCGGCCACAUCAGAACCCACACAGGCGAGAAGCCGUAUUCGUGCAGCGUCUGCGGGAAACAUUUCAGACUCAGUGGUACCUUGAAAGACCACAUGAGAAGAAUGCACUAACUUCACCUUUUCAUUUUUCCUUCUGCAGUACUCAUAUUUCCGUCAACAGUAUUUCUUUGAAACAAUCAUAAUCUCCUAAAUCUUUGAAAACACUUUGUAUAUAAUACCAUAUUCAUCCUACAGCAAAAUCUGUUCAUCAAUAGCAAAAGUAGUCAUAGUCACGAGCGGUUCUUUUAGUGUAAAGUUAUAACAAGCGUUUUAAUGUUACAGCUGGAGAUUAAGUUAAACCUUUGAAAACUGAGAAAAUUGGCUUGAUUUUUUUUUUUUUUUUCAAAAACGUUGGAAAAAGGCA